AUGAUUGAAGAUAAACCCAAGUCAAGAGCUUGUGCAUUUUUCCAUGAUGAUGAAGGAUUUGACUGGAGUCAGAUUCUUCCAGAAGAAGAUCGUGUUGAUUAUCAAUUCAAAAUUAGAACAUUGGAAGAUGAUCAAACUUUACACAAAAAGCAUGAUCAUUAUGCUUUUGUUGCUGAAAUAAAAGAAGAAAACAAUGAAGAAAAAGACACAACUGAGACAAAAGAGAAAACUCGAGAAGAGAUUUUGAAUGAGAAAACUUAUGGAGAAAGAAACAUUGCUUUGAACGGAAUGAAUGAAAUGCAAGAAGAGUAUGAGAGUGCUGUCAGCAACAAGAGAUGGGAUAAAAAGAGAGAGUGCUACUUCAACAGAGAAGAUGACACGUAUGCAAAAAGGCAUGAAAAGGAAAUCAAAUAUGCCAUGACUUCGUGUUUGAGAAAGAGAGAUGAAGAGAGAAUGAAGAAGAGUGUUGAAGAAAUGUUGAUCAACUUGAAGAAAACUGCUGAAGAAGUAAAAGCUGAAGCUGUUCAAGUUGAGGUUGAGAAGAAAAUUGAAGUUGUAAAAGAGGAAGAUUUGAAAGUUGUUGAGACAGAAAAGAUUGAAGAAAAAGUUGAGGUGUAUGAAGAAGUUGAGAAAGCUGUUACUGAAGAACAGCAGAUUGUAGAAGAUGAGAAGAAAACUGAAAGUUUGACUGAGGUAACGAUUGAGAAUUUGAAGUCUGCUAGUGAUGAGAAGAAGGAAGAGCUGAAGCAGACAAAGGCAGUUGAAAACACCAAAGUGCCAAUCACUGAGGUGCUCGAAGAAACCAAAGAUUGUGAGAAUGGAAAACUGAGCAGCCUGGCAUGA